AUGAUCUGAUUAGUCGACUAAUCGCAAAAAUAAUCUGUGACUAGUCGACUAUCAAAAUAAUCGUUUGUGGCAGCCCUAAUGUAAACAUGGGCAAGAUGAUCUGCAGCUGAAGUUGAAACCGAGCAUCAGAAUGGGGAAGAAAAGUGAUUUAGUGACUUUGAAUGUGGCAUGGUUGUUAGUGUUAGAUGGGAUAGGAUGGGCUAGAAGUUCUCUAGGUGACAAUGCUUUGUUCUUGUCAGAGGUCAGGGGAGAAUGGUCAAUUGGACUGAUAGGAAGGCAACAGUAACUCAGAAAACGUCUUGUUAUAACCAUGUAUUUGCAAAAAGCAAGCCCAAAUUGGAAAAUAGAAGAUUGGAAAAGUGUUGUCUGGACUGAUCAAUCUCAAUUUCUGAUGUAACAUUGAGAUGGUAGGGUUGCAAUUUGGUGUAAACAACAUGAACGCAUCCUGCCUUGGGGGUACUGGUCAAAUUGUAUGGAGAAUAUUUUCUUGGCACACUCUGGGCUACUUAGUGAAAAUUGAAGAUCAGUUAAAGCCUGCCUGAAUAUUGUUGGUGAACGUGUCUGUCCCUCUAUGACUACAGUGUACCCAUUUUCUUAUGCGACUAAAGGAUAGCACACUGUGGCACAAAGCUCAGAUUAUCCCAAACUAGUUUCUUGAACAUGACAAUGAAUUCAGUGUGCUCAAAUGGCCUCUACAGUCACCAGAUCACAAUCUAAUAGAGCACCUUCUGAUACAAGAGAUUCACAUCCUGGAUUACAGUAACUGUGUGAUGCUAUCAUGUCAACGUGGAACAAACUCUCUGAGAAAUGUUUCCAGCACCUUGUUGGAUAUAUGCCAUGAAGAAUUAAGGCAGCUCUGAAGGCAAAAGGUGAUCGAACUCUAAACAGAGUACUAGCAAGUGCCAUGUCAAAAUAUUUCUACCCCAAGUUGGCAAUAAAUCUCCAAAUUAGCUUUAUUUUUAUUUUCUAUCUAAAGGGGAGGCUAAGUCUAUGCUAAUAAUAACACAGUAACAACUAAUGAACUGGGCUAAAUGUGCCCCCAUAAAGGUUGUUUGUUAUCAUUGGCUACGUGUCUUUUAAAAACGAGGCCUGUAAAGCAUUUAUACAGACUAACUGAAAUUAUGGGAGGGGAGAGUUAUUUGGGUUUAUUGGCUUUACUUUGAGGAAAGCUUUGAAUCUGGGUGCAUCAUAAAACUUAUACGAUUAAUUUGUUUGUUAUUAAAAAGCACACAUUGAAAAAUCACAUAUAUUUGUGUAUUGGUGUUAAUGAUUAUUGCCUUUUAAAGGCACUAUGGGGUUUGGUGCCAUAAGACAAAACUACUUCCUCUGUUCAUUUCUAGUCCAAACUAACAGCCUAUUUGCACUAACUUUAUAUUGAUCGGGUAGCAAAAUUGAUCCUCUAAUCUGAACCCUAGCAGGAAAUUAAAUAAGUAUAUUUCAUUACUGUUCCUUUUAAGUAAAAAAAUCAAGAGAAUAUAAUGAAUUUAUAUGCAGCUGGGAAAACUAAAACCCUUCAGAUGCUAAGAAAAAUAACAUAAUUUAAUAUUUGGCCAGAGCACACAAUCCAGUCUCAGUGUAUGACUUUGUCUGCGGGGAAAACUGCUGUAGGUUGUUGGCUCUGGCAGCAUGUUGACUUCAUGAGAUUAGUUAACCAUAUUACUUAUAUUUUUUAUGGUGCCAACUGAGGUCCUUGUAGACCCACAGUGUAGCAUGUUGUAUCACUGAUGUAUGUGUAAUUACAUUAAGGAGUGGCUUAGUUUGUAAUGUUCUAGCUUUGACCACACGAAGUAGUUCCUCACAAAAAUAGAAACUGGCUUCGUCUGCAACUUUGGCAUAUAAUGCUAUUUCAUCCUAUCAUUUUUCAUGUCUCUUAGAGCUAACGAGGUACUGUAGUAGCAAGUGCUUCACAGACGCUUUUCAUGAGUCAGCUUAGCCAGUGCUGCUUGGAUUUAGCUUCGCUCAGAGAGGCCAAAUGAUCUCCCCUCAUUCAACUUUCAUUAAAUGUAACAUACACAAGGAGAGGCACAGCUGACAGAACUUACAGGGUUCUCUGACGGUUCAUUACAUCCACUGAAACGCAAUUGUCUGUCUUCGCCAUCCGUGCAUUUGGGGUUUGGUUUUGUUCUUCUGGGUUAAUUUCAGAGUGACAGUGGCAGUUCUCAGCCUUGCUGAAUUAUUUAACUGCAUGCAGCCUAUUGGCAUUAUAAUCAAGGCCCUGAGUGGUGGUGCAAUAUGUUCUAAAGCUCUCAUAGUAUUUUAUUAAUAAGCUUCAGAUGAUGAGCUAGGGCUCUGGGGUUAAAAACUACUUUGUAUUUGCCUAUAUCGGGGCGAACAUGUGCUUAAGUUUGAAUUAGCUGGUGUGACACAGGUGGACUUCUCAAAACCGUAUUGUUUUUCAUCAUAACUUGCUUGUGUGAGAAUCAGCCUAUGUGGUUAUAAAUCCUUUCUGCAAAUAUCUAACUGCAUGAAGCUGAAAUAGCCCAUGUAACCGAGGUGUGAUGUGAGUGAUCUCUGUAUUUAAUUUUUAAUAAGCUGCAGUCUGUGUGUGUGGCUUGAGCAGCAGUGAACCUAAUGCUACUACUCCAUCCACUCCCUGUUUAUAAAAACGUACAUUAUAUUGUACAAUAAAGUAAAAUAUUUAUACCACCCCUGCCUUGUUUGCUAGCAUACCCAGAAGAUAAAUCUAAAACUGUUGAUAACUCAGCCUAUCUCUUAUACGUUGGGGCUGUGGGAGCAUGUGAAGCAAUUUUACAACACUCCCUGUAUGCUAAAGUUAGCAGGAAACAAGCUUUUUGCUUCAGUUUACAGCUGUAGUUAGUGUCUUAUGGACAUUUCAAGUCUGUUACUGUAUGCACUCCUCCUGGUUAGCCUAACUGAGCCCAAUAGAUGCGAAAAUGUACCAAAAAUGUGAAAAAAAUAGACUCUGAGGCUUCAGUUUGCACCUGUCCAUACACAUAUGAUGUCAUCCGGUUAUCCCCGUACAACAGCUAUUGUGUAACGCUAACAGCCUGAUUGAUGUCUUGCGCAAUACAUUCCACAGUUCCCACUGUGAUCUAAUGUUUCCAUUUUGAUAAGAGGUGGCGUCACAUGCAGCCUGGCCUGAUUCAUGCUGCGGCAAGAUGCUAAUGACACCGUGGCUGGAUAACAGACUGUAUAUUAAAGAUGGACGUAGCCACUGUGACGUCUGCCACUGGUUAGUGAAGUCAGGUGAUGAGGAAAGGGGUGGAUCUCACAAUGUUUAUUCCUACAGAAGCAACUUGUGAAUGACAAGGAAUGAUCACUUUAAAGCAUACACUCUUUUGUUGUCUGUUUGACUGUAACUGGGGACACGAUUUACAAACCAAACAACACGUUGUACUCAGAAAACCUUGAAAUUAGUAACUGAGGUCAUAAACUUAGCAGCAAAGCAUUUACUGAGGUGACAGAUGAAGUGAGCAGCAAGGUUGUUUUCCCAUAGACGUUCACAUAAUCUUCAAUUAGUCUUUUCACAACCAGAGGAGAUGAUCCUUGUUGGCACUAGAAAGAAUCUAAGUUAGAGCUAAUGUACUGCUAGAUGAUAUGUCGGUUUUUAAACUUUUAUAUGCAACAACAUGAGCAAUGUUUACGACACUCAACUUUAACAAAAUGAGGUUUCAUCUUCUUAAGCACGGUCUCUGUUCAUUCUGCGCCAACUCCCAGGAGGCUGGUUGUUUCCAGAGCUGUGGAAAUCCAAAAUAUCAGCAAAAACUUCCCAAUAUUUUACAGGUAGUUUGUUUCCCCCCACUGCCAAUAAAUAACCAAUAACAAUCCUGAUGUAAAAUUCAACCACUGAGAAUUAGGUCAGAAGAAAGCCUAAGAUGAGAUCUUACAUUUCAGUGACAUAGUUUAAUUGCCUGAAGUAUAUUUUCAGAAAAAACAAAAGUAUAUCUCUUCUUAAAGAUCUUUUUGUUUAAAGCCCUUUUUAAAAUUCUGAAUAAAUGAUAAUUACAUUUCCCAUGAUAGUCAGCAAAAUGUGGGUUACACUAGCUUUUUAUUUAACACAUUUUUCCACAUUCGCAGAGUUUCAUGUGGCUGGCUUAUGCCCAUUCGCAGUGAGAAAGCAGGCACGAGAGGGAGAGAGAAGUGUUUGAAUUUAUCAUUUAGAAGACGGGCCCAGAAGGCUAAACAGUAUCUCUUUCACAAGUCAUUUUCAGCUGCAUAUGGUUCAUGUUACACAUUAGCGUGAGUGUAGUUGGGUGAACUGAGUACCACAUUGAACACUCUCCGAUAGAGACCUGCAAUCUUCCAUCAUUCUCUGCUUACAGUUUCUGAUGAAUCAUUCACAUAUGAUGGGCUGAGAAGUUCCACAUUGCAUUGUCUUUAUAGCUGUAUAUGCCCAGCUCUUUGUUAAGUCUUUAUGCAGUCAUGCUUCAUCAGCAUAGUGAGUCAUCAUAGAUGCCGGCUCAGCUCAGGUCGGUCACUGUCCGAGAACGAGAACGUUUUCAUAGCGCUGUGAGCCGUCAGCUUACUGAACCGGUUAGAUUGCUGCAACAACAAAGUCUGACCUCAACCAGGUGGUGUGCUAUAAAUCCAAAAUUACUGCAGUAUUUGCAUAUCACCCUGGCUGCCUUCAAUCUUUGACAAUAAUCCACACCUGAGAAAUGUUUUCAAGUAUUAUCUUGUCCAGUAAUUCACUGAACAUCUCAGUGGGAGUUAAUUAAAAUGCCUUUCUGCCCUCUUGCUUACCUCAUUCUGCAUUUCCUGCAGGGUGCUCAUCUGUUCUGUUAGCUACCAUCUGACUGCCUCAGACUCGGUGUUAGAGGAGCCGCCAGUGUUAGACCUGCCUCCAAGCUACACAAAUAUUUCUGCAUGCCCUCCAAAUGCUCCUGUAUCUCACAUUGUCAAGGAUCGUUUCAAAAUGUUUGUCAGGGCCCACAGUUCUCCAUCUUGACUCUCGGCUGAGUGAUCAGAAUUUUCUUGUAGCAAUUUGUGGUGAAAGUUUGUGCGGUGCAAAUUUGCAGAGCAUAAAGUGUGUUCGCAAGUGUGAAAAAAGGUGAGAAAUGCGAGAAUUAGACCUAUUUCAGGGCUACAUUUUAAGUAUGUUGAGGAUUGUGUCACAGUUUGAUUCAAGCAGCUAACGGUGACGCUAGCUUUGGAGUUUAGACCAGCUAUAAGAUUAAUAUCAUGCAAUUAGUCAUCUAGUUUUCUCCUUCGGGGUUGAAAGCAAUUCAGUGACAGACUUUGGUGCUGUGCUCUGCCUUUAAUGGGGACAUACCGCAGAAAAUGUGGGCUUUGAGGCCUGCUUCUAUUGUGGUUGGCCUCUGUUAAGUAGAAUGAGCACACGACAGUAAUCACUGACCCUUUUUUUAUUCUUGGGCUGCAAAAGGAAAGGUGUGUCCUUCCAGAUAGUGUGCAUGGUCACGUGGCUCUGCACUGAUCACACAUCAAGGCAUUCUUUUCCCCCCUCUGCUCUAGUUAAUACACAACCAUUGUAGGAAUAAAGCAAGAACACAGAGCUCUAUGUGAGACAGGCUUUUUGUGUUUUGACACUGUGGGUUGAAUUUAAUUUCAUUCCACUGACACGUCUUCAAGCAACAGCAAUUUAAACAUCUUCGCUGUUAUUGCUUUUCCCCAGAGUGUGGAUGUGAUUUGUUGUGCAAAUUUGGGUGAGUUUGCAUUCAGUAUUACAAAAGAUAAUUGGAAGCUUGGCAAAUUCUUUGGAGAGAAUAAGUGAGACCUUUUUUUUUCUCCUUCCUGUACUCAAGGAAAAUCCUGUAAACACUGUAGCAAAUUAUUCACACACCAUCCUUUUCAGUUUAGUCUAGAUUUAAGGCCACAAAUAUGUUCCUCCAAACACUUUAAGAGAUAGAUAGAUAGCCAAUCCAGUCCACAGCCCAGUCAGUAAUCUAGUGUCUGUUUUGCCAUACAUUAAAGAUGUAAAGUGACUAUAUGACAUCUAUUGCACUUAGAAGUUGAUUAUAUAUUAGCAAUACAGCAAUAAUAGCACAUCCUUCUAGAUUUUGUUCCAUAUUAACCUUACUUGCAUUAUGCAGUCUGUCUGCCACAGGAUGCAAAAGGUUUACUGCAUAAAGAAAAUGCAAUAGCUGCAGAAUCUGACAAAAAUAUAAAAUUUUUUGUCUGCCUUUGCUGUCUGUUUCUUUUGUUAAAGCACAGUACAACACGGAGCAGUGCGGUGAUGCAGUGGCUAAAAAUGUCACCUCACAGCUACCCAGAUGUUUUCCACAUAAAGAUGACUCUAGUUCUGUGGUGUUUAGUCGAUUUUCUGAGUAUGAAUCAUCAACUAGUUUGAGACGUGAAGCAUCAUAGGAAUCUUUUUAAGAUGAACAAUUUUUGCUGGUUUCAGAUGCUCAGAUGUAAAGAUUGAUGCUUUGUAUUGUUGUGUAUCAUCAUGAACUGAACAUUUUAAUUUUGGUUGGAAAUUUAUGACUAAAAUGUAUAUUUUUUUUAAUACUUGACGGAUUUAAAGGAUGUGCAGAUUAAAAGGUUAUUGGAUUAAACUAUUUGGUCAAUAAGGGUCUCUAUUUGUAGAGUUUGCAUGUUCUUUCUCUGCAUUCAGGGGUUUCCGCUGGAUACUCUGGCUCCUUAUCACAGUCCAAAGACCUACCCCUUAGAAUCUAAGGCUUAGAUUAAUUGGUGAUACUCUAUAGGCUGAAUGUGUUUGAUGUCUGUCUCUCUGUGUUCACCCAGUAACAAGGUGACAUCCUUGAGAUUAAACAUGUCUUUUACAAGCAUGCUGUCAGUUAAGACGGGCAGCAUUAUGCUAGAAGGAGUUAGAAUUUAAACCCUUAACGCCCAGUGUAUCCUAUUUGAUACAUACAGUUUUUAUGUGAGACUUCAGUGUGAUUUCUUUCCCCUCGUAAAAACAUAAAUAAAUUGCACAAUACAAUUUUAAGCAGUUACAAAAAGCCACAUGUUACAAAUACGUUACAAAUUAAAAGUCAUAUAUGGAAAUAAAAAUUGAAUUCAUUUUUUAAACUAAUUUGUCAGGUGGUUCAAUAAACUCUCGAUUUUCAAAAAAAAUUGAAUUUUAUGGCAAAUAUUUCAUGGUUUAGGGGUUAAAGGGUUAAUUGUGGGAGAAUAAAGAGCACAUGCAGGAGAACACAGAAGCAGUGUUUUAAUGCAACAACCCUCUUGCUUUGAAGCAACAGCACUAACCACUGAAUGAACCACCAUGCUGUUAGCUCCAAUAGUGUUGCUUAAAAAUAAGUUAUUCUGGGUCAACAUGCCUAAUUUUUCUCUCUGAUUUCUAAAGUGUUGCUGAUUGUUUUGCUGGUAGUUUGCUGAUGGCUGUUUGCUAGCAGACAUUCUUUGUUGAGAUAAGCCUCUACAGUAUUUAUUACUCUCAGUUGGAAAGAAAAGGAAAAGUUGGUAACCACCUACUUCACAUUGCCCCUUAUUGAUUCAAGUUGCUGAUUAUCAUCAACUUUCCAUAGAGCCUGGUUGCCACUUCACUGGUAGGCACUUCAUGUGCGGACAGGGCUCCUUUGCAGCAAGAUUACAGUCUGUAAUAACGUUUGGAAACGCUAUAUAAAAAUCUGUUUCCACUUCAGCUUGAUUAGAAAUUUUCAGUAAUUUUCAGUAUUAUUUGGUAUUUUACUUCAGGUAACCAAGUAAUAAUGACUUCAUAUCAAAAGAUUUCCUUUAUAGUCGUUUUAUAUUGAAAAGAACAUUUUGCCGCAUGUUCAGAAAGUGACUUAAACCAUUAGCCAGUUUCGAAACCAGUCAGAUAACGUUCUGUUGGAAAUAUGUUAAUCAUCCAAGUUCUACAUUUCAGAAGCAAACGCUAAACUUUAAAGUGAUGCAAUCAUUUAUCGUUUGAAUGUUUUUGUUAUCUGUGCUAUUCAUUGUAUAUUCAGUACAUUUUAGUGGAUUUCUUUUUCUAAUGCCCUUUGGCCCAUCAUACAUGAUAAAUUGAUUUGAUAAACUAGUCAAUUCUUGCCAUCACCAGUGUGUGAAUGUGUGCGUGAAUGGGUGGAUGGCUGGGUGUGUAAAGCGCUUUGGGGUCCUUAUGGACUAGUAAAGCGCUAUAUAAAUACAGGCCAUUUACCAUUUCUUGCUGGAAACCUUUUAAAAUGUUCAGACACCAGUUUCAAGUUAUAUAUGCCUGCUGUCCAGGACAGAUAAGUCCAGUUCCUUGAGCAUUGCUCUUAUAAUUCCUCCAUGGGCAAUGGUCUGUCUGGCUCUGACUAUACUGGCAAGAGGUUGAGGGAAUAAAUGUUCUCCCAAGUAUUAACUGAAGGCUGGAAUGUGUGGUUCGUUAUCAUUUUCUCCGUUUGGAGUUUUUUUGAAUUUACUACUUUUCAGCUUUCUAUGCUGAAUUUGUUCUUUGGAAAAUUUAGGUAAAAAUAAAAACUUAGUUGAAAAGCUUAGUCAGUUUCCAAAUUAUAAUAUCUAGAAUUAUAGCUUGUUGUUUAACAUUUAGAGGAAGAUCAAAAUGCACGUAGCUCUCCUUUAGGCCUCACGCACUGUUUCUGCUUUUGUUGGUGUUUUGUAGAGCUAUUGUCAUGUCUGAAAGUUUGCCUGUCUGCAUACAUCUGCCUCUUUUUCUAUGUUUACAUGGUUGUCCUGGAUUUGGGCAGUGCUGCAGUCCAUUAGCCUUAAGAGUUUAUAUCACAAGAAGUGAACAGCUUCCUCUAAGGCUUCGAGGUUGUGGACAGUAUUUCCAAAGGCGAGUGAUAAAUGGAGCUUGCUUGGUAUAACUUUCCCUCACAACAAGGCUAUCAAUUCACUCCCAAGCAAACAGUUGCUUUUACUCUGAGCUGUAUUGUGCCGAACGGAGGCCAGGAAGAAUUAAUGCGAAGAUGAGGGCACUCAGUGGAGAUCGAGAGGGUGAUUUGGAGGUUCAUGACAAACAGACUUGGCUGCAGUAGAUUUAAUGGGCCAAUUUUUUGAAUACUAAGUCCUAUGAUAGAGUUCUUUCACAAUAAUCCCAAUUGAAAACUAAUUUUAUCCAGUGACUAACAUUUGACGUUUGCUUCUGUUAAAAAUACUACGUGGAGGUUUUCAGUGGAAUACAUGUACAAAUUGGUGCACAGGGUGUGAAGACAGAGUGCUUAGCAUUUACCACAGACCACCACUUCCUGUUUGCUAAAGUGUCAUUUCUGAUAAAGAUUCCUAUCUAUUCUCAUUUGCUGAACUUAACAAGAUGUGUGUCACUAAAAAUGUUGUUACCCACUGAUCUGAUCAGUGGCACUUCAACCAUGUUUUGAUAACACCCAAAACAACAUGUGAAUCUUUAUUUUUUUUAAAUGAUAAAUUUGCCUCUGAUGCUUGUUCACAACUGGAACUGUCCCAUUAGCAUGAUUGGUGAGUCUGAAAGAGGAAUAGGAGGGGGUGGAAGACAGAAAUUCUGGGCUUCUGUCACAAAGCACUUGCUCAUACUAAACGCAGUCGACUUUACAUUUUGAUUUCUUUGUACCUCCCACUGCUAGAAGUUAUUUUAUGAUGCAUUUUAGUGCAGGGAGAACAACUCCAUAUGUCAGCUGCUUAACUGUGUGGCAUGCCUAAUAGGCUUACAAUUCAAGUGUUUUAAUGGGCCACAAAGACAGGUGAAUUUAACUUCUAAGGUGCCAUACAGAUUUUAAUCGCCCACACUGCAUGGUCAAAGUCUAAACGAAGUGCAUACCUGUCCAACUGUUUACACAUCCAGUACUCCACCGCCUCUGCAGGUGAAACCCGUCUAUCGUCUUUCAUGGUGUUUAAGGUGUGGCCCUACUGUUGGUCCUCUCUGGUUUCCCCUCCCCCCCCCUUCAGCUCCGUCCAAUCCCCGCCACCAGGAGAACUCACCUGAAAGGAUUUGUAUUUAGGGCCGAUACUCGUCUCUGAUUGGCCAGGUGAAGGCACUCUGCCUCAGGGCUUCACUACCAAUGGCGACAGUGCUGCGUGACUCAUAGGGAGAGGACAAGUUGCUUCACUACACUUCUCCUUUUUCUGUUUCAACCAGCAGCCUUUGCAUUGUCUUUCCCCCCCCCCCUCAUCUCCAGCUUUGUUUUGUCACUGUAGAAAGGUGUGGGGCCGGCCUGUCCACGUCUUUAGGCACCAUUGUCCUCCUUUGAACACGUCUUGGAUUAUUUCCAGUUUCACCAUUUGCUGCCGAUUCUUCUCUUGGUUGCUGAGAUCAACACUUGGUUGGUUGUUAUUAUGGACCUUGUCACCCGAAUCCUGUGUCUUUGAGGUCAGUGACAGAUACUUCUCCUCUCCACAUGUUACCUGUUUUAAGCUUUUUUUCAGUGUGUUAAAGGAAAGGUAUACAUUUUACAUGAACAAACAUAAAUAAUAUAUAUUUAGGACGUAUGUGUGUAAGCGGACAAGCAGUUAGGUAGUUGGUCGCUCUGCUGUGCAUGGCUCUCGUUAUCGUUGCGCUGACAUGUUUUAAGGUUUUCAAUAGAGAGCUUUAACAAGUCAUCCCAGUUCAUCUUACAUUUAGGAGCAUGUUUUCUCUUGUAUUGCAUCUUUGGAGGCAUACUAAUAAAUCAAAUGUCACUUCAAAAAACAACAAACCUGCAUUUGUAUUUAUUCUAAUCACCUUCUUGCCCAUAUCUCACCAUUUUCCUCAAACCUAGUUGAAACUUUUUAGUGCCUGAAAACUUGUCAGAUAAGGUAAUCACUUUUAACUUUAAAACCUGCCAUGGUAAGAUAUAACAAGGAUGAUCUUUAACUUAUAUGUGUGUUUGUUGCAUUUCUUUUCUGAAUUGUUGCCUUAUAUGGCGUCUUGAAAUAAGGGCGGGAACAGUAUUUUGCAAGUCCCCUGACCAAGCCCACAUGUAUUUUUCACUGUGUAGUAAUGGUCUACUAAAAAGUAAUUACACUCUGUGAUGAUUUUGAUCCAUAAUUGCUACACAAAUGUCAUGCUAUUAUUAAAAACUGUGAGUUGCUACAUUCACAAUUAGAGUAGAGCAGAAAAAAAGUGGAGGAACGGCUGUGGUUUCGCUGUUGGAGCUCUUAGCCACAGCCACAUCGAGUCAGUCAUGCAGAGCUUCUUCAAAAUCUUCUGAUCACUAGAACAGAAUGCUGCUUAUCUUGUAAUGUAGAUGCCCAGAUGUUUGACAUUUCAGCUCACAGCAAAGUCUGACCCUGAAGUGCCUUGCUUCCUUUUCUGUGCAUGUAAAAGUUAACCUUGUGUAAAGUCUGUCAACCAAGCUAUUGUGCUUAAAGUUGUUGAGUAUCUGUUUCUAAAAGUUGCACAGAGCAGCAGAGAUAAAAGCACACUUCCUGUUUCCUCAGAAAUCUACUCUGCACUUUGUGCACCACAGUGUGCAUGCAAUACAUGUUUGAAUAAACAUGCCUCCGAGUCUGAGUAACAUUCUGACUUCACAUGCACUUUUUUCUGAAUCUGCUUUUAAAUGUUGCUUCAUUGAAGAUGCACAGAACUGUGCAGUUAUCUCAGUGAAACCCCGGACAAGCACAAAACAUAUUCGUCUAAUUUUUAGUCUGGCUUUUAAAAAAUUUAAUUAUACACAAAAUAUCCAAGCGUGUGAUUAUUUCAUUGGUUUGGCAUUCAGAAAUUAUCUUGUUGAUGAAAUGUUUUGCAUAACAGCUGAGGCCCAUUAAAGGCAGUGUAGAAGAGGUCAUCUUACAGACACCAAAUAAAUAAAUAUCUCUAUACUUUAGACUGAAUAUUGAGUAUUAUUGGGUGAGGGUCAGGUGGCCUGGCCCUGAAAAACAGAGGACUUUUUAUUUUUUUUUAUGUGUUGUACCAUCAACACAUGAUUCAGUGUGUGAAUGGCUCUGUUGUUGAGCCAGUAGAAGUUUGCAUUUGACCUAACUUGCCUUACUUUCUCAUCAUAACCUAUGGCCCACCUUGAUUUGGAUUGUAAAUGAGGGCCUCUUGCCUCAGAGGCUGAACUCAUAGUGAAGCUGCUGUUUAGUGAGGUUUUAUGCCUCUCAUUGAAAGAACAGGAGGGUGGCUGGACUGCAGUCUUUCUUCCUUCAAUACAGUGUCAACAGGUCUUAGCCUGUAAUUAGAUCAUUAGGCUUGGGCAAGAUGACGGAGGUGGUGCAAGAUAAGGACGUGACGAGAGCAGGAGCAGGCGGGGUUUAGUUUAUUACUACAACUCGGGCAGGCCGAGAUAUGUAAAAAUCGAGGAUUUGUGUUGCUCCGUGUUGCAGGUGCAUGCUAUCACGAGAAGAAAAGAAAACACAGAGCCAACUGUGAAUGGUCAGGUACAAACUGUUGGUUAUGAUUUGAAUAGAAUAAAUGAGGGAAACAUCACCUUUGUGUGGUCAGAUGGCAGAAGAGACAUGGUUGUUAAAUAGUCCUAAUUGUCGAUGUUAUGACUGCGUAUUCAAAACAAAAAUGGUGCCAUAAUUUCCAUGAUUCAAGUAAUGAAAUAUUUUCUUAGUAAUAUUAUGAUGGCUUUGGCAAGAAUUAUUUCUUUAUAUAAACAACUUUGCUUAAAGUAUCAACGUGUUCAUGUGUUCCUUUUUGCCUGGUGACCAUGACUUCUACCACUACCCUUCAGCCGCCUUAUUUAUUGAAGCCGCUGCGGAAAACCAGUGAACUCAUAGUGAAACUAGUGAAUAAACAAGGCUUGUGCACCCGCAGCCAUUGUAUUUCAGUAAGCCCAACUGGAAAAUGUCUCAUAUGAGAAAGCACAAUCAGAGCCCUUUUUGUAUUGCUAAACGAUGAAUUUGCAUCACAUUUCCACGUCAGUUUCCCCAUUUCUUCUUUGCUGUUUUAUUUUCCAUUGCUCUCUUUUUAUGGGAUGGAUGGAGACCUAAAGGUUAGAGAAGUACACUUGUGAUGGGAAGUUUGAACUCCUGUGACCCGUUGGGAAAACCUGGGUGGGGAAAGUUAAUGUAUAACUUUCUCUUCUGCUUAAUAGCUACUGUGCCACUGAGCAAGGCACAUUCAGUAUUCAGUUUGUAAGCUGGUUGUGUAUCUCUGUUAAUAUGCUGCCGGUGCUCAAGAACCCUCCCUUGAUAAAUAAAGUUAAAUCGAUUGAGCAACUGUCUCCCUGUGUUGCAACCGUCUCAUGCUCGGAGCGUGCUAGGACUGGCCGUUGUUCUGGAGUACAUACCGAACCAGAGCUGUUAUCAUCACAUCUCACCACAGAGCCCAAAAACCAAACCGUUUGAAGUUCUUCUAGCCUGGUGUAUUUCAUUUCAGUCCCCGAUCUUGAUUUAUAUUCGAGGGGCAGAGAUUCUUUCUUUUGUCUCUUUUCUUCAGUGCAUUUCUCUUGACUGGGAACUCGUCUGUGAUUUCUUUCAGUGAUGCUUUCUCUAAGAUACUGAUGAUCAUAUUGUUUGUCUGUGUUAGUCCUUUAAGUCAUUUUUAUUUGGAGUUGAUUUACUGUGUAGUGAAGUAAAAAGACUUUCUAGACGUUUUACUUACUACAUGUUGAGGCUAAUUUCUCACAUAAAUACUGUAAAUCCUAUAGAUUUAACCCCUCCAGUGUGUACUCAUUAACUUCGUGGUUACAGGAGUACUGGUAUAAUAAGCCAGGCUGAAAUAAGUGAAGUAGGUCAUGUUUUCUCACAAAGAAAGAGGGCGCACAAGAGAAAUGAUCUAGUAGAGGGAAUAUCAGGUCACACCUUUUCACAACACUCCUGCUUAUGUAAUGCAGCAUACUUAUCUGGGAGUAUUUAACAUAACACGAGUCUUGGCAUGACAUAUGGCGUCACGGUCAGUUGUGAAAAAGUAAAUGUAACUUCUGUUAACUCAAGUACCAUACAUAGUCAUAGUUUUGAGGUACUGAAACUUGGGGAUUCUGCUGCAGUUCAGAUGGAAGUAUUGCAUGUUUUCAUCUGCUACAUUACUUCAAAAGCUUUACUUAGUAGUUAUUGUUCAGAUUAAAAGAAUAGAGAACAUUAAUGGUUCUAGUGCGCUGCCUCAUGAUGAUGUAUGAAUAUCUAUGCGCUGUACAGUUGCGUGUUAAGGAAAGUAAGAUUAACCUUUGGUCAAGUUAAAGAUCUGAGUACUCCGUACACCAUUUCGGCCACAGAGAAAUGUAAUGCAAAGUCCUCCUGUAUGUUUCUAGAAUAAAAGGUUGAUCCUGCUGCUUUCUUCUCAGUGGCAUAAAAUUCAGGUGGCAUUUAGCAAUGGAUUAGUUUGCAUCCUUGAUAGAUUUUCAAAGGAAUAAUGGCGUCACAUAUUUAAAAGGUGCUAUAUUUACGUAUCUUAAUGUGAAAGUUCAGUUGCUAUCAAUGCAGUUCAGCUAUCUCCUGUGAGUCUCUUGCUCUGUGGUUGGACUCUACUUCCUCUGUCUUCAACUGCAGCUGGUGGAGAUGAUAGUCCUUUUGCUUUGAGGCCUUGGUGAACUUAGCGUAUCAGUACAUGAACCAGUUCCACUUGGAUUCACCAGGGGAGGGUUAACCCACAGGACUUGAGACUCACUGGACAAGUACUGACAUCAGCAACUGCCACGAUAGGGACUAACCGCCACCACGCAGGCAUGGACAUGUAACAGGACAAGGAACUAGCUGGUUAACAGUGUAGAUGCUUCAGGCGCAGCAGGGCCCAGCCUCCGUGUCAGAGUGGGACGAGGCUGCUCCCACCUGGGCCACAGGACUCCUCUGAAACUUGGCUCAUGGUCUCUCUCUGAGCAAUAACUGCUCAGAUUAAAAAGACGGGAUUACAGGGAGGCCAUUUUGUGAGGUGAAACUGAGUCUGUCUGCGCUGGAGUAGUUAUAGCUGGGAUUUUUUAGGCUGCUCUUUGACUUUGAAACUCCACUACCAUGACGACAGCAGUACAACCCAGUGAACUGGUGUUUGAAUUUGCCAGCAAUGGGAUGGACGAAAUCAAUCAGGUGUGCAGUUAUCUCUUCCCCACACCCGGGUCUGAAUCCUGUGGAGCAGGCUUGAUUCUGGACGACCCGUCAGUAUUCCCAGCGGUGAUUGUUGAGCAAGUUCCCGCAGCCGAUCUGUUGCAAGUAUACUCGGGGCUCGAGUCCGAUGAGGUGACCAACGGUAUCAUGGUGGAUACCACUCUCCAUGUGGUUGAGGAACCAUCCAUCUUGGAAGGAGGGGUGGAUCUCACAGAAACAACAGUCUCAGGCACAGAGGACAGCAUGGAGACAAAUGAAGCAGCGGCGGCUCUUCUUAACAUGGAGUCUCCGAACAACAUUUUGGAUGAGAAGCGUAUGCUUCACACCUAUGGCACUCUGCUUGAGUCAGACCUGACAUAUACCCCACUGAGGCCUGACCAGAUGGACGGUGUUGCCCUUGACAUGUCCGUAGACGAGGACACAUCAUCUAUGGAUGAGAUUCCCCAAAAAUUUCCCUUAAAACCUCAGAAAAAAACCAAAGUGCGAAAGCCGCGGGCGGUCCGUCCCUGCUCUCCCAUCACCACCCCUAACCUACCACUCAGGAAGAAGAGCAAAGAGGGCAAAGGCAAUACCAUCUACCUGUGGGAAUUCCUUCUGGCCUUACUGCAGGAUAAAAACACCUGUCCCAAAUACAUCAAGUGGACACAGCGGGAGAAAGGCAUCUUUAAGCUUGUGGACUCCAAGGCUGUCUCAAAGCUGUGGGGCAAACACAAGAACAAACCUGACAUGAACUAUGAGACCAUGGGAAGAGCUCUCAGAUACUACUAUCAGAGAGGCAUCCUGGCUAAAGUGGAGGGGCAGAGGCUGGUCUAUCAGUUUAAGGAGAUGCCAGCUGACCUCGUGGUGAUUGAGGAUGAAGAGACUGGUUCUGAUACCAAUGUCGGCUACGGAAACCAGAGAUCGACCAACGGGCGGUCUGUGGUUCGUGGAGGGUCCAAAGGGCACGGAAGAGCUCAUGGUCAGCAGCACGUCUCGGUAAAACAGAUGAAGAAAGAGCCAAACAAUGAAUGUCUCUACCAGGAAGCUAACGGUGGACAGGCUGAGCAGCUCCUCCAGUCUGUUCAUAUGCUGCAAGCCAACCAAGGGGCCGGAGUCCAGGAAACGGCACAAGCUUUAAGGACCAUUAACACCCCUGCAUCAGUUCCUAUGGUCCUGACAUCUUCCGGCUCGCUUCAGUCUGUUCCCCUCACUGUUCUAGCCAACGGGGACUCCAGCCACUCCCCUUCUCGGGUUAUUCUCCACACCAUGCCCUCCACGACAGCAGGUGGUAAAGAUGUGCUUACCAUCCAUACGGCUUCCAUAGCAGGUGGGGCUAACAGCCUGCAGGAUGGCCUCCCGCAGCAGCUCUUGGUCACCAGUCUGGGCUCAUCUGCCUCCUCCUCCUGCACUUCCCCUCCAGGAGUCAUUAGUUCCACCGCUUCCAACCUCAAUGGUCUCCCCCGCCUUGUCACCAUUAACACCACCUGCGGGCAGACCAUGGUGGCACAGCAGCCCGGCACCGUAAUUGCCACUGUGCUCAAAUCUAGCGACCUCUCAGGGCUGCAGGUGAAAGAGGAGAUGCUGGACCCCACCUACUUUCAGUCGAUGGUGAACGGCGAUCCAUCACUGGCCGCACAUACUUUUGAAAAAGAGGAGAUGGAAGCAGGGGAGGCGGAGCUGCAGUACAGGACUGUUAUCAUUGAUACCAGUCAAAGCCAGGGCCCAGAGGGCGCAAGUGAAACUAUAAUUAAUGGACAUUCUUCUCAGAGCAGCAGCCCUAGUGAGGGUCUGACCCCUGUGGAGGAGCUGGAAGUGCGUGGAGAGAUGUCCCUGCAGCCUGAGCAGGGAAUCAAAGGCCUGCAGGAGCUGCCAGUGUCUGUUCAAUUGCCUGCAAACUUUAUCCAGAUAAAGACAGAACCUGCAGAGGCUUAGUGCUGCAGGACUCUUCAACAAAAGCUGAACCAAAAUUGAAUCCAUUUUCUUUACCUACCACAGUGAUCUGAUCAAAGAUCAGAACGAGGGAUCUUGCAGCUUUUAAAGGUUGGUCAGUUCAGCCUCAGGAUUUAUUGUUUACCAACAUAUUUGUGACCAUGUGCCUAAUUUUAAAAAUCAAGGGAGUGUUUAGUUUUUUUAAGAAGUAACUUUUCAGAUUUAGGAUUCUCUUUUUCUGUAGAAACAAUCCCCAACACACACACACACACACACACACACACACACACACACACACACACACACACACACACACACUCAAAUACACACAUAUGCACACAUGCACAAACACAAAAUGCUUUUUUUCCUCUAGGAGAGUAGCCAUUGGAUAAACCAGGAAUCCCUGUCUACCAAAUGUGCCAGUUAGCUGUUUUUUUUUUUACUUUUCAUCUCACUGGACUCACGUGUUUAAAGAAAAAUGCAAGAAACCAAAAACCGGGGACUGAAUGCCAAAUGGUGCAAUGACAUGAGACAUCUGACAAUGUGUGAGUACCUGAUCUUUACAUCGGGUACGAGUUACUUUUCGCACGGAUGUUGUGUCUGCUGGAAAAAAGAAAACCCACACAUCUCGGAGUUCAAUUGAAGAGUGCCUUACCGGAAGUUCAGAACAGUUCAAGACCGUUUGUUGGAAACAGCUGCGUAAGAGAUGAAAAACAGACUAAAUACCUUCACAGACUUUCAGACUUCCAAGAAGUUAUUACGCAUUUAUUUUCAUAUAAACAAAAUAGGUAUGCAUCCACUCUCUAAUACCCUUGGCCUUAAAACACUGUGUUACUAUGGAAAUGGGCAUUUUCCGUCUACCAAGGACAGUGUAACAUCAAAACUGUUUGUAUAGAGCUGCAGACCGAAGGCACAGCAAGAUAGGGAGGCACAAAUGGAGAGAAAGAAUACACGAGAUAAAACAGAUUUUAUCAGUCUCUGCCUCAGAGGCUCCGAGGUUUAAAUCCUGUUGUUAUCAAAUGGAAUAUAUAUGAAUCUAUUGAUUAAAAAUAAAUAAAUAUAUAUAUAUAUAUAUAUACAUAUAAUAUACAAUUGAGAUUCAAUUUUAAGGCCACAGUGAAUUUAUUUAUUUUGUGAAUUCCUAAAUUCUGUGUAAAAACCAGGCACAUUUGUUUUCUAUUUACAUGUAAAAACCUGAGGGGAAAUACAAAGAAUAUGAACGUUAAUACCAGGAGGCUUAUUUGGUAGUUUUUUGUAAGACCAACAUUUUUCACGUGUAUAGCUUUCCAUAUAAUCAGCUUUGGUAUUUCCUUGAGUUUUGGACUCGAGUGUUCAGUGCAGCAUGAUUACUCCACUGUUAUAUUCUCUUAUAUCCUCUGAUUUAAACAUGUACUGAAUGUUCUUUUCAUUCCUUCUUAUCAGCGGACAUACCUCUUUAUCUUUUUUAACAGUCAAGCAGGCGAAACUAUGCAUUCAAAUAUAUAUUCGCUGUGUAUGUGCUGUAUAAAGUAUCAAAUGUAACAAUUCACAUGCCUUUGAAAUCCUAUCUCUGUUUCGUCAUUUGUUUGGUACAAAGAGGAACCAGUGCUGUUUUUUUUUUGUUUUGUUUCAAGCUUUGCUCCUUUUCCCCUCCUUCCUUUCUCCUCUCCACUCCUGUCACCUUGUUACCUCUUGUCUGGUUUUCUCUCCUCACCGCCUCCUCGACUGCUCUCGGCUCGGGUCAGUCGAGUCUGUGCCUUCUUUAUUUGCUGUCCCACUUGGUUAAGAACCUCUCAGGCCAGCCAUCCGAUUGGCCCCUUGGUCCUGCCGGGGAUGAAGCCAUAUUGAUCCUGAGUGGUAUCCCGGCUAAAUUGGUUGUAUUUUCCAGCCGGACUGUAGCUGCAGAGUGAGGACAUUCAGACAUACUGACCUCCAUCUGCACUUGCACCUAAGGACAGGUGUUAAACGCUACUUUACAACCUCACAUCAGCCAAAAGGGCUCUGGGUCUGCAAAGACACUCUGAAUGUAUACUUGUUUUUAAAGUACAUGCUUUUUUUUUUAAAGUACAUGCAGCCAAUAAGUACACUGGGUUACAUUUGCAUUAAAAUCUGUCAGUCUUUCGGUGGGGAUUUGCUGCCUUGUUUGCUUUGUAUAUAUUCCUGUAUCUACCCUUCCUUUUUCUCAGAGCACUGUUUUACUGUCUGUGAAACAUUGAGGUAUGUCCACUGCUUAUGUUUUUGUUGCUUCUUAUGACUUGGGUUAUCAAUGGCCUCCUUUAUGCUGAAUAUAGAAUAGAUUUUUAAGAAAAAGUCAAUAUGCUAAUUAAAUGCAAAAUCUUA